AUGGCUGAGAAAACCCAUGAUGGCGACGGCACAUUUGACGUACACGAUGACAUCGAGAACGGCAAGCCUUCGGACAGCCAUGUCGAAAACAUCAGGCAAUCGCAACCUCACUUCGACAUUGACCCUGUCUUGAGCAAGAAGCUUGACCGCAAGUUCGACUAUCACAUCAUUCCCUGGCUUUUUGGUAUAUGGCUAUUUGCCUUCAUUGACAGAAGCAACAUUGGAAACGCUAAGAUCGAUGGCCUUACCGAGGACCUCAACAUCUCCACUGGAACAAAGUUCAACAUAGCGCUCUUGGUAUUCUACAUCCCCUACAUUCUGGUCGACGUACCGAGCAACUGGAUUGUCAAAAAGGUCCGGGCGGGUAUAUAUCUUCCGACUUUGAUAACGUGCUGGGGCAUAGUAAGCACUUUCCUCGGCUUCACUAAGAGCUUCGCCGGAUUGGUAGUAUGCCGCCUCUUUCUAGGCCUUUUUGAGGGAGGACUCCUGGGAGGCAUUGUGGUAUAUCUCGCUAUGUUCUACCGAAGACAUCAGAUGCUCUACCGCAUUGGCUUAUUCUACUGCGCGGCUCCUCUGUCAGGGGCCUUCGGGGGGCUUCUUGCGACUGGCUUGGCUACGAUUCGUCACGGUGGCUACAACAGAUGGCCCUGGAUCUUUUUCAUUGAGGGAAUAAUUACGACGGUGUUUGGCAUAACAUGCUUCUUCUUUAUGCCGAGCACUCCAGCCGACGCGAGAUUCCUCACUCCUGAAGAACGAACACAGGCCAUGAAACGUUUGAGAGAAGAUUCUCAUGGGGCAACAAACGUUGAGGAUGUCAACGACGAACACUUUAGUUGGCACUGGGUCAGAAUGGCUGUGCUUGCUCCGCAGACCUAUUUCUGCGCUUUGGCAUGGAUCUUUCUCCUUAUCCCACUUUACAGCUUCUCGCUGUUCCUCCCGUCGAUUAUACAAGGCCUAGGCUAUCGCAAUACCACCCAAGCGCAACUUCUCACUGUGCCUCCCAACAUGGCUGCCUUCUUCGUUGUUCUUUUGACAGCCAGCUUGUCAGACAGGAUCAAGGCCCGUGGACCCAUCAUGGCUGUGGGGACUCUUGUUGCUCUUUGCGGAUAUAUCAUGAUUUUGGCGUCGAAGUCAAAUGGAGUGAGAUACGGCGGGACAUUCUUCGUUGCAACAGGCGUUUAUCCAGGGUCGGCAAUGAUUAUGGGCUGGCUUUCGAACAAUUUGGCGCCUCACUACGUUCGUGCCACUGGUGUAGGACUUCUCAUUGGCUUGGCAAAUAUGGCUGCAUUUCCAGCAACGUUCAUCUACCUGCAAAAGAAUGCGUAA